CCAAUCGUCAUCAUGCGCCCUCUCACCGAAGAAGAGACGCAAGCCGUCUUCAAAAAGCUCGCCGAAUACACUGGCGCAUCGCUCAAGAACAUCAUCGCUCCCCAAGAAGAUGGUGAUCGCAACGUUUUCCGCCUGUCGCAAAACCGAGUCUAUCUGGUCCGGCUCUCCAUGGCCAACCUGGCGACGUCCAUUGCCCGCGACAACCUGCUCUCUCUAGGAACCUGUUUGGGCAAGUUCACCAAGUCUGGCAAGUUCCGCAUCCACAUCACGGCCCUCCCCAUCCUCGCCGAGCACGCACGACACAAGCUCUGGAUCCGCCCCAAUGGAGUCAUGCCCUUUCUCUACGGCGGAAACAUUGUCAAGGCCCACGUUGGCCGAUACUCGGAGGACUGCCCCGAGCACCAGGGCCUCGUCGUCUACACCAUGGACGACGUUCCUCUGGGCUUCGGAGUCAGCGCUCGCAGCACUGCCGAGAGCAGGAGACUCGACCCGACCGGAGUUGUAUGCUUCCGACAAGCCGAUUGCGGAGAAUAUCUGCGUGACGAAGAUACCCUGUUCCAGUCUGGCUAGAGACAAACGGUACGAUUAGUUCGAACGGUUAAACGGCCUUUCUUUCGGGCAGCAAGAUGUUACACUUUGGAGUUCAAGGGCGUUGGUGGCAACAAUACUUUUACCAUUGGCAUGGCGUUUAAAAUCUGGAGGAUGCUGAAGAAGGGUCUUUCACCGAAGGAGAUGCGAAGAGUCGACAUUAGAGUCGCAGGCACACGCGGAGAGUUGGUUCAUCUGAAGGUGCGUCGUAUCAUA